UCCGUUUCGUAAAGGAUUAUAUAGCUUGGUGUCUCAAAGCUUGAGACUGUUGUGUGUAUGUCAGAGUGAUUUCAGACAUUAUUUACAGAAGUGGAAUUUAAAAUUGAUUUCAUAUUUCCAAGUUGGUUUCAAUUUUAUUUCAAAAGCGACACAUUGAAAAUACGAUUAGCAUCAAUGUCAUUGCAGCAUAAAAAAAAAAUUGUUUUUAAAAUAAGGUGCUAACGACCAAAUUGUUGACUAUCAAUUUAUAUAACCUAUAUAUAUAUAUUUAUACAGUCACCAAUGUUUCUUUUGUAGAAUGAAGUUCUGAGAAACGAUUUUUCAUUCCUCCUGUUGAACUUUCAUUCGGAUGGGUUCCGUACUUCGCUUCCUGGACGUGCCAACCCUUUAGAAUUAACCCAUUAACAACGCGGGUCCUUCAACUGGUAGGCGGCAGAGUGUGUCCAAUGACUGGUAGGAGGCAGAGUGUGUCCAAUGACUGGUAGGAGGCAGGGUGUUCAAUGGCUGGUAGGAAGCCAAUUCUAAUUACAGGCUACGGUGGGAUUUACUUCUGAUGAUAUACCUUGGAUCAUCUUGCACUAAUCUCAUAAGUGGAAUGUCUGCUUGUGCUGGGACAGGUAAGUCGGCGUGCAUGGUUAUGGAUUUUAUUUUUGAUAAAAGCUAAUUCGUAGAUUUAAAAAAAAAAAAGUAUAUAUUGAAACAACUCCAUGCGGGCUAAAGCUUUUUUUAAAAAAUGUAACCAUGUAACCUUUAUUUCACUAAUUGGAUGUAGUUUGUUGCAAGUGGUGAGAUGGCGGUAGUUGAAAUGUUGUUUUUUUAUGCUUCUUUCCUGAGAUUGUGAAGGGUGGAAUAAACGCAUUUGCGAGUCUUGGGACAUAUCUGGAUCCGGUGAUCCACGCUCGUGUUUUUCCUUAUAUGAGCUAAACACACUAAAACAUCCAUGUAUAUGCGCUGCGGCAAGGUCCGCCACGAACGUUCUAUAUAAGUUUUAAUCGGUGCAAAACUGAACGUCUCUCCUGUGCGCGGUGCGUAAGACAUAGUUUUACUCGUUACAUGAGAGCACUGUGUCGAGUGUUAGUUUACUUGACGUCUGAACGUUUGUGAAAAGUAUCGUGAUUGAAUAAUCGUUCCCAGAUGAGGGUUGGGCGAUUUCACAAAUAUCCACAAAUGUGGCGAAUGAAAAGUAAAAUUCGUCAUAAUGCGUAUAAAUCAGAAAACGCUACUGUUAAAAUUAAAUACCGCCGAAGGGCGGGGCCUAUUAAGUAAUUAAAGGCCUGACUAGACGGCUAUUGGCAUUCAAUAUGAAAAGAGUAGGGCACCAUUAUGUGGCUGUCAAAUUGAUUGGCUGCUGCGUGUAUUUAACUGUCCAAGGUUCUCUCAGUUGGAAAUAGUUUCUGUAAAAUGUUGCAACACAAAAUGCCUUGUGUUAUUGAAAUAUAUGCUAUAUGAAUUCAUUAAAAGAAACCCGAGUCAGGAUUAUGUACAAACUAUUUUGUAGCCAUGACGAAGUGUCCCGAGUUCAAUGUCAGAAUAAAAAGUUAUUUGUAAUCUUUAGACAAGGAUAAGAAAUAUUGAUCAAAUCAAAUGCUUUAUCUAAUGAAAUAUUUCUUGACAAUACUGCCGCUCGAUUUAUCCUUCUAGGUUUUAAAAAAAUAUAAAAGAAUGUUUACUCUGCAAACAUAUUUCUUUUAAUAUCCAGUUACUUAAACGAAAAAAGAAAUUCAAAAAAAAAAAAGGGUGUUUGCUAAAAUUGGUGGUCUAUACUUUUAAAUAACUGGAUAUCAAAUGAAUUUAAAGUAUAAACCACCAAUUUUAAGCAAACCUUUUAUUAUAAUUUCUUUUUUCGUUUAAGUAACUGGCUAUCAAAUGAAAUAGGUUAGCCAUGUAAAUGAAUUUAACGGGAAAAAAAAUCUAAACAAAAGGUUUGCUAAAAUUGGUGGUCUAUACUUUAAAUUCAUUGUAUCUCCAAUUAUUUAAACGAACAAAAUUCUGAAAAUGGUUGGCUAAAAUUGGUGGUCUAUACUUUGAAAUUUUGCCCUUCGUUUGCUAAAGAUAUAUUGGGGGGGGGGGGGCUGUUGGCUUACCAUCGCAUGUAGUAUGUGCGGUACGCCAUUGUUGAAAUGCUCCUUGCCCUUGUUUUUUUUUGUUAGAAGAGACUCCCCGAUCAAUGUAUUAUUCAGACCAUUUUUGUGCAGUCGUACUUGGAAGGGGGAAAACAUAAAUCCAGCUAAGACUGUGUUGCCACUGACACAUGGCAGUGACAGUUGGCACCCGGGGGGUCCCUUACAUAUUCCUUGACGUGUGAAGCCAUGAGCCAGAAGCCCAUAAAUGUUUUAUCCCACAACUCUCCGAUCUCAUAACUUUGACCGGCUACCGAUUUAAAACGAAGGACGAGAAAAAAAUCUCAGUGGCUCUCAACCUUCCUAAUGCCUAAACCAUUUAAGAGGGUUCCCCAUGUUGUGGUCAGACCCCCCCUCCCCCCCAAAAAAAACAACAACAACAACAAAACAACACCAUAAUAUUAGUUUUCCUUGCUACCUCAAAAAUAUUUGUUUUCCGCUGGUCUUAGGCGAGCCCUGUGUAAGGGUCGUUCGACCACCAAAGCGGUCGCGAGCCACAGGCUGAGAACCGCUGCAAAAUGGAAAAAAGGAUUGAGACAGAGAACCUACACACGCACCCCUUUAUUCCCUUUGAGCUAUAUUUAUCAAAUACAAUCCUUUCACAUAACAACGUGUAGUCUCUAUUUACAAAAAAAAAUUUACACAUUUUUUUUUUUGGCUUCCUUCCAGGUUCAACGAAUUGUAAAGAAACAAGUAACAAGUAGGUAUCAAUCAAAUGUGUUAUUGUGUUUUUAUUCCCCCACACAUAUUUAUUUAUUUAUUUAGGCAUUUUUAUAUAGCGCUUAUCAUAAAGCUCUAAGCGCUUUACAGUUAUUAAAACAUGUAAACUAAGUAAAUACAAAUGAGACACUAGGAUAGUAACUACUAUUCUAUAGAAACAAUGAAAAUGGCUAUAAAAAGAGGACACUUUGACACUUCAGGAUUAAACCGAAACAGAAAAUUAGGUAGGGCAAGGAGGGUGCAUCACAGGUCAUAGGCGGACCUAAACAGAUGAGUUUUAAGGGACUUUUUGAAAAUGGACGAGGUUUCACUAUGACGUAUAUGGAAGGGGAGCUGGUUCCAGAACGUGGGCCCAUGGAAGCAGAAGGAGCGUUCACCGAUGGUCUUAGUUUUAGUUCUUGGGAUUGAGAGGGUUCUACUGUCAAUGGAAGAACGUAGUUGUCUUGUGGAGAUGUAAGGAUGUAUCUCAGAAACAUAUACGCGUUACGGCACAAAAUAUGGAUCAUGGGGGGAAAAAAUAAACAAACUUCAGUGGGGAAAAACUAUAAAUAAACGAGUGUUGAAUUAACUCAUCUAAAGCUUUCAAAAUUUGGUUCCUAUAAUUUUAAAGAAAUUUGCAAACAUUUCAGAAGACACGGGUCUUUAAAAGCAAUGUCAGUAUUUAAUACCGGAAGAUUUGUGUUUGGCCACUGCACCACAGUAGCUUGGAUGAGUGAUGCAUAUUAUUGCUAUGUUUCAACAAAUGUGUUGCUUUGAUGGAGCACAUUUUGCGAGUAAAGGUAUACAAUGAUAUUCAAAACAAUUAUUGCUUUAAUGGAGUAAAUUUUGCGAGAAAAGGUUUGCAAUGAUAUUCAAAAUAAUGGUUGCUUUUAAUUGGAGCAAAUUGUGCAAGCACGUGUAUACAUUGAUGUUGAAAAUGGUUAUUAUUUUACUGUCUACAUUUAUUUUUGUGUAUGCUAACAACUUGAAAACAUCCUGCUCAAUGCACGUCCUUGUCACUUACACGGCUAAACAAAUGGAUCUGUUAUUGAAACGAAGGUAAAUACCGCUUGUUUCCUGGUGCUCAUGGGUCGACACUGACAGUUACCGACCCGACUAAAUGCAUGUCAUGCCUUAUGAGUUAUCAUGUACUGUGUUCGUGGGGAAGAAAAAAAAAGGGAAUCUUUUUGAUAAUGGUUGGUCAAUGGACAUCGCGUCUUGAAACAUGUGCUGUAGCUAAACUUGUAACACUUCUAACACGCCCUAUAGUUAAAUAAAAUUUAACAUCAUUUUAGAAAAUAAAAAAAAUAAAAAAUUACCAUUAGCUUUGAUUUUUUAUAAAAAUGGUCGCCUUUUUUUCCGGACACAAGUGUAAACGUGCAUGUGUAACUUAAUCUGUAUUUACCAGUUCUGAUGGAGCCCAAGAGGGGACAUGGGUGGGCAUUGCCGUGGGCGCCUGGGUGGCGCUACUGGUCAUCGUCUGGUUCGCCCGCACGUGCUCAAACAGGAACAGGCGACGGAGGGCGCUGAGGACGUUUGGGUGCUUAAAGAAGAAGGUCACCGACGACCCCCCGGGUUAUAACACCAUAAGGGUGUCCAAUCAAACAGGUAUGUUGGUCAUAGCACUGUCAUGGUGUCCUGUCGAGAUAUGCUAUAAUGACAGUUCCGGAUCAGGAGAAUGCUCCCCACCCCCUCCCCCCAAAAAAAUAUAUAUUUAAAAAAAAAAAAAAGCUGAAGAGCUCUAUAACAAUAGCGUUGCUGUUGUCUAAUUUUGAAUUUCAAAGUUGCGGCCCGUUUAGGCCUUAAAAUUCCACGUCACAAGACUCAACUUGAAGUACGUCAAAUAUGAUUGUGUCCCAUUACGUGAAUAAUAAUAACACGUUUGUGGCUAACUUUAAAAAGAACAAAAAAAAAAACAACAGCAACAACAAGUCAUGUUCAACGUUGUCAAAACAUUUUUGUUAUCAGAGCCUAAAUGCCCCAUAUAAAUUUCAAUUUGACCCCCCCCCCAACUUUCCCUAUGAGACCAACGCCCCCCCCCCCUUUUUUACGUCCGGUAAAACACUUCUUUAGUGUCAGACGAAGAUAAAAAAAAAAAAAGAGAUCUGUAAAAUGAUCGUAAUCACACACAACUUUUUUUUCUCAGAUCGAGGCUCGGUGUACUACACUCCGUCUCUUCCACCCACGUAUGAGGAGAUCUUGAUGAGGCCCUCUCAGUACAUGGUUCAGUCGGCGGCUUAUGGCCUGUACCACCAGUGUGGGCCAGGGGGGCAUCAAGUGCGUCUCACUCUACCAUGUAGCGGGUGUCUACCCAACAGGUAAUGGUAAACUCUUGUAUAAAAUAAUUGUAUUUACUGGCUUUAAAAAAAAGAAAAAAAAAGUUCAAAUAUUUUAAAUAAACUCUAAGUAAUAAUAAUAAAGGGCUUCUAUUGGCCUUUCGGGAGAGAGCGGGCACAGCAAGUAUCCCCGAACACAGUCAGCAUAGAAAGUAACACUGGAAACAGCCAACAUAGAAAGUAUCCAUGGACACAGCCAGCAUAGAAAGUAUCGCUGGAAACAGCCUACAUAGAGAGUAUCCAUGGACACAGCCAACAUAGAAAGUAUCCAUGGACACAGCCAGCAUAGAAAGGAUCACUGGAAACAGCCAACAUUAGACAGUGUCCCGUAGCUAUGUAUAAAUGUCUUUUCCAUCGAGAAUUAAAAUAAAAGCUUCCUUUUUCUUUUAACAUUCUUUUCAUCUUUAAAUGUUCAUCCUUUUUUUCCCCCUUCUUUACCUUCUUUCUCGUUUCUUUCAUUCAUUUAUUCUUUAAAUUAACGCACUUAGCUCGUUUCUUGUAUCAAGUAUCUUGGAGUUUCAGGAUUACAUGACGUCCCCUUUCACUUCAAAUAUGUCUUGUUAACUCAUGUAAUUUAUCUUUACAAUCCCGUUUACCCGCUUAUGUUCUUGAAACAUAUCAGUCGAAAUAGAUGCUCAUAUUAUAAUUAUAAAAAGUUUCACACAUACACAGAGCCGUGGUGUGGGGGGCCCCGCAACCCCUUGCGGUUGUGCAAAAAUUGUGAUGUGCGAAGCUAAUAUUAAGAACUAAUGUUCACUUGCUUGGAACAUCUAAAUAUUUUGAUCUCUUUAAAAUUUAAAAACAUUUUUUUAGGCGUGAGCUAUCACAGCGGUCAAUCAUGCCAAUCGAAAGUUUUAUAUGUGUUAAAAGUGGGGGGGGUGGGGGAGGAGGGGGGAAGCUCUCUCGUAUAAUAUUUUCCCCUAUGAAUUUCCAAAGUAUAAAUAAAAUGAGCGGCAUUUUCGGUUUCCGUGCAACGACAAACGGGGCAAAAAGUCACAUGACCGCUCUGUACAUACAAUCACAACCCUCUCACUUCUAAAUCUAUAUACAUCGGAUUCAUUUACCGUUUCCGCAGGUAUCGAAACAGGAGUUCCCGGAGCUCCUUGUCGAUGUUGAGCAUCAGCUUAGCAACCAUCGAGGAAGAGGACAGGUGUGAUGCGUCUCAGCCGCCAUCACCGAGACGCUGCGACGGCGACGCUGAACAGACGAAGAUCCACAGCAACGGGGUUCAUCACCGCGAGUCUCGGUCGGCUGGGCUGACGUUCAAAAUCGACUACGACAACCCGGCCGAUUGCGCGAUCGGUGUCCAGCAGAAAUCGAACGCUUCAGACAAUGUUGACAACGCCACCAAUAAAAACAGCAACCACGACAUCAGUGAUUCUGAUGCACACACCGCCAUCAAUGAAAGUACAUUUGUGGAUUGUUACAGUGAAGAGCGCACACGCCCAGGAGAUCGUUCAAGGCUACAACAUGCCCCAAUGCUGAUAAUGACGUGAUGCCCAGUUACAGUAAUGAAGUCAAAGAUCAUGAUUUAAAAUGUACUGAUUGGUAAUGAUAAUCAUGCAAUCAAAGUGAAGUUACAAUGUACUGAUAGUAUAUUCAUAAAUAUAUAUAUAUUGAGUGCCCACGAUCAAUCUAUUGAUCAUUCUGGCUCCUGGUUUGAAUUAAGAUUUUGAAGGGGAUUGAACCAAAGACCACCAGCUUUUGAAUCAGUUUUGACCGCUGGCCCACCCAUCACCCUCAUUAGUAGUGGUAAUCAUGCUAUCAAAGUGAAGUCACAAUGUACUGAUUAGUAGUGAUAAUCAUGCUAUCAAAUUGAUUUUACAACGUACUGAUUAGUAGUAGUAGCAGCGAUCAUCAUGCUAUCAAAGAGGUGUUAUAAGGAACUGAUAAGUAAUAAUAAUCAUGCUAUCAAAGUGAUUUUACAAUGUAUUGAAUAGUAGUGAUAAUCAUGAUAUCAAAGUGAAGUUACGAUGUGACUGAUUCGUAGUAGUAGUAGCGAUCAUCAUGCUAUCAAAAAGGAGUCACAAGGAACUGAUAAGUAGUGAUAGUCAUGCCAUCAAAGGAUAGUGACAAUGGACUGAUUAUCUGAACCGUACAUUUUUUUCCCGGGGGCUCCGUAAAAAGUCAUUGUGAUUAACCAGAUUUUUUUUUUGGAUCAGUUGGAACUUGUGACCCUAGGGCGCUCGUCCCGGUCUCACCGGGUACACGAUGUCCUCUUCUUCUCCCUGUAGAGACGACGGGGCUCUCGUGGGUGUUGUAGGCCCCUUCCCUUCAAGGCCGACCAUACAUGAAUCGAAGAGCAAGAGUAUUUCUGGGAAAGCAGUUAUUUUAUUUCCAAAGAAAACGUUUGUUGUUGGCGCAGGUUUUAAAAAAUGUU